GGGCGGAGACUUCCUGGUUUUGAAAAAGUAACUCCACGGCUCUGCACAACCGAGAAUAUUACAAAUAGUGUUUUGUGUUUUCUGCUGGGAUGGGAUCUCCAACAAAACACACAACUCCACAUAGGGCAAGCUUUCGUACCCCAAACAAAGAAAACGACUCCCCUCUUCCUCCCAUCCAUGAGCGACUGGCGUACCUUCGUCCUUCCAGGGAGCUGCUGGAGUUCUACAGGCAGAAGAUCGCUCAGUAUGACGGUGAGCACGAGGACCUGCUGCAGAUGCUGGAGAAGUAUAAAGGAGUCACAGAAGACCAGCAUAAGCUGCAGUGGGAGUUACGACAGCGCGAGGGAGAAAUCACAGAGCUUCAAAACGCUCUGAGUGACAUGCAGGUCUACCUCUUCCAAGAGAGAGAGCAGUCACUGCGACUUUAUGCAGAAAAUGACAGACUAAAGAUCAGAGAAUUGGAGGACCGAAAGAAAAUCCAACACCUUCUUGCCCUCGUUGGUCCUGAUGCAGGAGAGAUCACAUAUUUUCACCGGGAGCCUCCUCACAAGGUUACAAUAGCACAGAGGCGCCCAGAAUCCACAUUUGAGGAAAAUCUCAAUCUCAGACCAACAAAAUUAAAACCAGAUGCAACUGCAAAAGAGAGUAGCAGGAGAACAAAGUCAGCCAAUGGGGUCGGUGGAGAGAGCUUGCAACAAUAUAAGAACGAUAACCAGACGUUAUUGCUUCAGGUGGAGGCGCUGCAGGCUCAGAUGGAGGAACAGACCCGUCUGGCCAAAGAGCAGGUGGAGGCUCUGCUGGAGGAUCGAAGGAUUAAAACAGAAGAGGCACAGGCACAACGGCAGAAAGACCAGGAACGCAUCACUGCUCUGACUGACCGGCUCCAGCGGACCCAGAGCCUUUUACAGGAGAGCACUAAAGAUUUCUUGCAGCUAAAGUUUGACAGUCGGGCCCUGGAGAAGAGCUGGAUGGUGGAAAAGGAUCGGCUGCUCAGGGAGUUGGACUCUUGCCAUAACCGCCUGCGAAAGGCCCGGCCGGUCAGCAGUGAGCUGGGAAGAACGUGGCAGCCCAGCAGCAGCACGGCGCCUCUCCUCCCUCGACCACAGCCGGAGCUGGAGCAGCUUCACAAGGAAGAGCUUAAGGUUCUGCAAGAGGACUUAAAGCAAGCUCACCGUCUGGCCGAGAUGUACAGGGAGCAGUGUAUUUCUCUGGAGACAGAACUGUCACAGAUCAGGGAGGAAGGAGAUGUGGGCAGGGAAAUAUUCAAGGAGCGCUCAGACAAAAUGGCCAAGCGUCUCAACCUGAUGACUCAACGUUACGAAGCUUUGGAGAAAAGGAGGGCCAUGGAGGUGGAGGGCUUCAAGACCGACCUGAAACACCUAAGACAGAAGCUCAAAGAUGUAGAGAAACAGCUACUCAAGGUUACCCUAAGUAUUGGGCCAAACCAGGACUUAGCUAUUCUGCAUGAGGUACGACAGACAAAUACGAGGACGAAAAAGGCUCAGGGGGAGCUGAUGGCGCUGAAGGCUAAGAUCUAUGGACUAGAAAAUGAGCUGAGAUUUGGCUGAGGAAUGUAAUUUUAUACCUGGCAUCAUUUUACCUGUCUUUACUACUGUUAUUAAUUCAUGUAUGGUUUGUUAUGACACCUGAACUAAAUGUAAUUUAUAUUUUGUACUUUGAAUCAAUAAAGAUCUUGAUUUUUUUUAAAUAAUUACAUGAGCUUUAUUAUAUUGAUUAAACACAAUGAGCCACAACAGAAAAGCAAUCACAGUAUUACUGACAUUCCCCCCAAUAGAACAAAAACACCUUUGACUCAUUACGGCAUAAUGGAGGACAUCUUUGUUGGCCUCCAUAGGCAUCCAGAGAAUGCUUUGUCUAAUUAAGUUCAGGGCAGAAUGGGGCACAAUCUGACUUCUAUGCUCGUGUUUCCUAUCACUAAUAUCUGCAUUAAGUAGUAAAAUAUACACAAUUGCAACCCACAUGUAUUUAUUUUUUUAACUAUAAAAAUGAAUGAACAACU